AUGCUUGCCCCUCCAACGAUAUCCAUCCCUGUUCCUUCUAACGAUAUUCUGCGUUCAGGACCGGUAAUAGGUCAUGAAUAUUCGUCAAGCUCUGCGCCGCCCAAGUUUCCCCACACGCGCGCGCAGCUCUCUGCCAUUGCUCGCCAGUACAAGCCUUCCGAUGCUUAUGACGGCGACCCCGAUGGGGACGACCCACGUGUAGAUGCGAAUCUGGUUGGGCGAGUCUCUGCGCUGUUAGACGGCGAACAAGAGGAUGAAUUGAAGAAGCUUCUCCAGGAGUCGUUUGGGGCCAUAGACGAAGAAGAGCUCGAACAACAUGUAUUGGAUCUCAUGCACAAGCACCGGGACGACAUGGACAAUGUUCCAUUUUUGUUCCUCACGCCGACUCGUCGUCCCAUAUCUCGACCUUCAUCUCGUGCAUCUACGCACUCCGCUCGUCUUAUUCCUCGGCCAGAUACACCUAAUUCUGCACCCAGCUCACCCCUCGCCAUGAUUUUCCGCAGACCACAUACCCCUUUGACCUCACCUCUAGGUGCUCAGAACCAGGCAUCUUCCUAUGUUACUGCGCGUAGCGAGUCGCCAGGCACGUCGCCAUUGAUCGCACAUGCUCAGUUCACUGCCAGUCUUCCUGCAUCACCGAUUGGUUCUCCGAGAUCACUGAACGCAAAGGCUAACGAGUUCAAACCUAUUCCUCGUCCACUCUCUGCAGCAUCCUCUAACCCGGGAUCGCUGUCCGCACUUAGAGCGGAGACGCCGUCCCCAGAUUUAUGGGCCCACAACCCACCGAGGCCGACUUCGAAACUUGCCAUUGAGGCACCCCUGACACCCGAGAGUGCACUUCUUCCCCGCGCGCUUACACCGAGCUCAUCGCUUCGAUCGUUUAUGCGACCAGAUGACCACAGUGACGAGGAGGAUCCAUUCGACCCGUUCGCAGCAAGUAACCUCCCUCGUUCCUUUCAUCCAACUUCCAGCAGGCUUGAUGCUCAGUGGGGUAGUUCACCUGGCUCUGUGCCUUCCCUAUCGCUCGACGAUGUCCCUUUCGCUGGUCCCACAGGCAGUGACGUAUCGUUUUCGCAGGAGGGGCUUUCUCAGCACAAUGAAGAGGUGGACUCUGAGUCUGCAGCAUUGCUCACGGAUGGAAUGACACCGUUUGAUGUCCUCAGCUCGGUAUUUGGGGCAACUCUCGCCCCGUCAGAAUUGGAAGAAGCGUUGGCUAACAAUGGGUAUGAAUUCGAGCGCGCUAUGAAUUGGCUGGUGGAUCGCUCUAUGGCGAGCCCGACUACAAACAGUGGUCCGCCUAGGAUACAGUCAAUGGGCAAUAGAGUGAUAAUGAUAUCUCGAGAUGGUCAGAAUGGGGUGGUUCGCGGUGGGAGGGGCGGAUUUGGUCUUGGUGCACCAGUAAUGAGAAAUGGCCAGCGCUUUGGUAACGGCCGCACCGUACCGGGUGGCAAUAGAGUAUGCAGGUACUUCCUCGCAGGAGAAUGUCUUCGAGCCGACUGUCGCUUCAGUCAUGAUCUCGAGCGAGCCCUUUGUAGGUUUUGGCUACGUGGAACAUGCGCCAAGGGCGAGAACUGCGAGUUCCUGCAUCACCUACCAAAAGACAUCGAUGUGUCCAGCUUAUCGCAUGCUAUGGCUCGCACAGAUAUCAAUGUAAGCGGGCUAGAGCGCAGCACUUCGCCGGACGAAUUCCCGACGCUAAAUCACGCAGCCGCUGCUGGAGAGCAGGGUAAGAAUGGUCGUGGUAGCUACCGCUAUGGCCAUAAUGGGGGAUAUCAGGACCCGGGACGCACUAGGUUUGCGGCAGCAGUCAAACGUACACCCCCUGGUCAGCCUCAAGUCCAACCACCCAAGGAUCCUGCACUUAUCGUAGCGCGCAGAGAGGCUAUGGGCGCAGCAGCUGAGCCUUUGCACCACAAUACAUCUAUUAUUGCGCCAAAGCCGUCUCCUCGGAUCAAGCUGCGUCCUCCUUCACUUCUCCCCACGUUACCCACCGGUGAGGCAGUCAAUGGCCUAUACAUGGCAUACCGUGCGAGAGCCUUGCGGCUCGGUGCGGCACGCAAUGCCUGUCUUUCGCGCGCCGCUGACGCUUGGAGGAGAGGCGACGGUGCCGCUGCGAAGCGCUUCAGCCGAGAAGGACAUGAUCUCAAUGCAAAAAUGAGUGCGGAGAUGGUCGAGGCGGCUGGCAAGCUUGUGCGCGAACGGGCACGACUCGCUGAGCAAGCUGUUCGCUCACGCGAUGCUAGCUGGUCGGAUGACUAUGGUGACCGCACUGCUCGAGGACGCAUCUGCGGGGGUGGUUUUGGCGUGUGCCUGGGAAUUGCCAGUCAAAGCAUUAGUGCUGAUAAGAAGCUCACGCCUGAAGAGCGCACCGAAGUCAUGUUGGACCUGCAUGGGCUCCACUCCGCAGAAGCCACGGAGGUUUUGGAAGAAUUUUUGCUCGCGCUCGAGCGCGAGCAUUGUUACGGCCUGGCUUAUCUCAUCGUCGGCGAAGAGAAGCAUACGGGAACACAAGAUCCUGCUCGCGGAGCUUCGCGAGCGCGUCUCGCGACAGGAGUACGCGAGUGGUUGCACAUGUGGGGAUACCCCUGGAAUGAGCGUGACGGGGUGGUUUUUGUUGAUCCCCUCACGCACGGGUGA